UUGUCUCCAUUUAUUUGAAAAUACUAAUGAAAUUUAUCAAAAUAUGUAUUUAUUAUUUCUUAUAGUAUCCAGCUUACUAUUUAUCGCUAAUGGCACCGAUUCCGAAAUAGGUUAUUGCGAUAUAAAUAAAAAUAAUUGUGACAAUCAACUCACGCUUACCACAGACAAGUUGAUAUUUUACGAUGUGAAUCCACCUGAAGGGUUUAAUUUAAGACGAGAUGUUUACAUGAGGUUUGCUAUUAUGUUAUCGCAGGCAAUAAAGCGCGGCAGAAAGAAUUGGAAGUUAAUUUUGCCGCCAUUUCAUAGGUUAUAUCAUUGGAGAUCGACGGUGAAGAGCGAACCUAUUCCUUGGCGUGCAUUUUUUGACGUCAACGCUUUAAAAACUUUCGCGCCAAUUUUGGAACUGUACGAAAUAUUCAGUGAAAGAAAAAAUGUACAUAUUGAUACAUUGUAUGUGCUUUUAAACUUCGAAGAUCCAUUUGAAAAUGGUGUUUUUUAUGAAAAGUGGCAGAUAGUUGAGGAUUGUGAUUAUAGUGGUGAUUUUUGGGGGUACAACAACAUAACUGUGGGUGAAACUGUUUGCGUACGAUUUCAGGGAAAAAUUUCAAAAUUAUGGGAAUUAAUAUUACAACAUCCGAAGGACCAUAAUGUUAUGUUUGCACAUGGAGAGAUACCGUUACAUGAUAGUUAUGGUACAAAAACUUUUUGGGAUUGCCGUAAGAGUAUGAAAUUUAAUAAGGACCUUAUUAAAGUGGCCAAAGAGUAUAUUUCAGAAAACCUGGAUUGCAAUAAUGAUAAAUGUGAGAGUUAUAUUAGCAUACAUUGGAGACGGCAAGAUUUUGCAUACAGUCGUAGUAGUGAUGUGCCAUCAAUAGCAGGAACUGCUAUACAAAUUGAUAAUGCAUUUAAAAAACAUGCUCCAAGUAUUAAAAAAGUUUAUAUAGCAUCAGAUGCAAAGGCUUCAGAAUUCAAACAAUUGGAAUAUAAACUUUCCGAGUUAGGAUAUAAAGUCUAUAGUUACUUGCCAAGUAGAAAAGAUAUAGAGAGUUUUAAAGAUGGGGGUAUUGCAAUAAUAGACCAAAUCAUAUGUGCAUAUAGUUCAUAUUUCAUUGGUACACAUGAAAGCACCUUUACUUUCCGGAUACAGGAAGAGAGAGAAAUACUUGGUUUUGAUAGUGGCACUACAUUUAACAGACUUUGUCCUGAUAAAGGCAGAUGUGAGAGACCCUCGAAGUGGACUAUAAUCAAUUAGUUAAUGAAGUGGAUUCAUGAAAUUACCAGCUGUGCCUCAAUUUCACCUGCAUGAGAUUUAUAGCCUAUGUGUUAUUCUCUUGGAUAAGCUAUAUUACUGUAAAGUUUCAUUAAAAUCCAUUCAGUAAUUUUUGUGUGACAGAGUAACAAACGUCCGUACACACAAACUCUU